GAUCCGCGCCAUGGGGGCCGCGUCGGGCCGCUCUGGGCCGUCUCUGCUGCCGUUAAUGCUGCUGCUGCUGCUACCGCCGCCGCCUCCCGCCACCCUGGCGCUCGACCCCGCGCUGCAGCCGGGAAACUUUUCCAGAGACGAGGCCGGGGCACAGCAAUUCGCGCAGAGCUUCAACUCGAGCGCCGAGCAGGUGUGGUUCCUGAACACGGUCGCCAACUGGGCGCACGACACCAAUAUCACAGCGGAGAAUGCGCAGCGCCAGGAGGAGACAGCCCUGAUCAGCCAGGAUUUCGAUGAAGCUUGGGGCCACAAAGCCAAGGAACUAUAUGACAACAUCUGGCAGAAUUUCACCGACCCGCAGCUUCGCAGGGUCAUCAGCUCUGUGCGAAUCCUGGGCACUGCCAACCUGGCUCUGGCCAAGAGGCAGCAGUACAACUCUCUAAUAAGUAACAUGAGCAGGAUUUACUCCACGGCCAAGGUCUGCUUCCCCAACAAGACUGCCACCUGCUGGCCCCUGGACCCAGAGCUCACUCACAUCCUGGCCUCCUCACGGAGCUACUCCAUGCUAUUGUUUGCCUGGGAGGGCUGGCAUGACGCAGCGGGCAUCCCACUGAAACCUCUGUACCAGGACGUCACUGCCCUCAGCAAUGAGGCAUACAAGCAGGAUGGCUUCCCAGACACGGGGGCCUACUGGCGCUCCUGGUACGAGUCACCCACUUUUGUGGAGGAUCUGGAACGCCUCUACCAUCAGUUAGAACCCCUCUACCUGAACCUCCAUGCCUACGUCCGCCGAGCGCUGUACCGCCAAUACGGAGACAAGUUCAUCAACCUCAGGGGACCCAUCCCAGCUCACCUGCUGGGAGACAUGUGGGCCCAGAGCUGGGAAAACAUCUACGACAUGGUAGUGCCUUUCCCAGACAAGCCCAACCUGGAUGUUACAAAUACUAUGGUCCAGAAGGGCUGGAACGCAACACACAUGUUCCGAGUGGCAGAGGAGUUCUUCACCUCCCUGGGGCUCCUGCCCAUGCCUCCUGAGUUCUGGGCAGAGUCAAUGCUGGAGAAACCAAGCGAUGGGCGGGAGGUGGUGUGCCAUGCGUCUGCCUGGGACUUCUACAACAGGAAGGAUUUCAGGAUCAAGCAGUGCACACGGGUCACAAUGGACCAGCUGUCCACGGUGCACCACGAGAUGGGUCAUGUUCAGUACUAUCUGCAGUACAAGGACCAGCCUGUGUCCCUGCGCCAAGGUGCCAACCCGGGUUUCCACGAGGCCAUCGGGGAUGUGCUGGCGCUCUCGGUCUCCACGCCUGCCCACUUGCACAAAAUUGGCCUGCUGGACCAAGUCACCGAUGACAUGGAAAGCGACAUCAAUUACCUGCUAAAGAUGGCACUGGAAAAAAUUGCCUUCCUGCCCUUUGGCUACUUGGUGGACCAGUGGCGCUGGGGGGUCUUUAGUGGACGCACCUCCCCUUCCCGCUACAACUUUGACUGGUGGUAUCUCCGAACCAAGUAUCAGGGAAUCUGCCCUCCAGUUGUCCGAAACGAAACCCACUUUGAUGCCGGAGCUAAGUUUCAUGUCCCUAAUAUGACACCAUACAUCAGGUACUUUGUGAGUUUUGUCCUGCAGUUCCAGUUCCAUCAGGCCCUGUGCAAGGAGGCAGCCCACCAGGGCCCACUGCACCGCUGUGACAUCUACCAGUCUACCCAAGCAGGGGACAAGCUCCGAAAGCUGCUUCAGGCGGGCUCCUCAAGGCCUUGGCAGGAGCUGCUGAAGGACAUGAUUGGCACAGAUACACUGGACGCCCAGCCACUGCUUGACUACUUCCAACCAGUCAGCCAAUGGCUGCAGGAGCAGAACCAGCGAAAUGGCGAGGUCCUGGGCUGGCCAGAAUAUCAGUGGCGCCCGCCGGUGCCCAACAAUUACCCAGAGGGCAUUGACCUGGUGACAGACGAAACUGAGGCCCAGAAAUUUGUGGAGGAAUAUGACAAGGCAGCCCAGGUUAUGUGGAAUGAAAACGCAGAGGCCAGCUGGAACUACAACACCAACAUCACCACAGAGGCCAGCAAGAUUCUGCUGCAAAAGAACAUGCAAUUGGCAAACCAAACCCUGAAGUAUGGCACCCAAGCCAGGCAGUUUGAUGUGACCCACUUCCAGAAUGCCUCCAUCAAGCGUAUCAUAAAGAAAGUUCAAGACUUGGAGCGGGCAGCGCUGCCUACGGAGGAACUGGAGCAGUACAACAAAAUCCUGCUGGACAUGGAGACCACGUACAGCGUGGCCUCUGUCUGCCACCUGAAUGGCACUUGUCUACAGCUCGAACCUGAUCUGACAACUUUGAUGGCCACAUCCCGGGACUACAAAGAGCUUUUGUGGGCGUGGGAGGGCUGGCGAGACAAGGUAGGACGAGCCAUCCUCAAUUUUUUCCCCAAAUACGUGGAACUCAGCAACAAGGCUGCAAGGCUCAACGGCUAUGAAGACACAGGGGACUCGUGGAGAGCCAUGUACGAGACACCAUCGCUGGAACACGACCUGGAGCGGCUCUUCAAGGAGCUUCAGCCACUCUACUUGAACCUGCAUGCCUACGUGCGCCGCGCCCUGCACCGCCACUAUGGGCCCGAGAACAUCAACCUGGAGGGACCCAUUCCUGCACAUCUGCUAGGGAACAUGUGGGCCCAGAGCUGGUCCAACAUCUACGAUUUGGUAGUACCCUUCCCUUCAGCCCCCAAGUUGGAUGUCACCGAGGCCAUGAUAAAGCAGGGCUGGACACCCAAAAGGAUGUUUGAGGAAGCCAACAAUUUCUUCAUCUCCCUGGGGCUGCUGCCUGUGCCCCCAGAGUUCUGGAACAAGUCGAUGCUGGAGAAACCAACAGAUGGGCGAGAGGUGGUAUGUCAUGCUUCAGCCUGGGACUUCUACAACGGCAAGGACUUCAGGAUCAAGCAGUGCACCACUGUGAACAUGGAGGACCUCGUGGUAGCCCACCAUGAAAUGGGCCAUGUACAGUAUUUCAUGCAGUACAAGGAUUUACCUGUGACUUUACGGGAAGGUGCUAACCCCGGAUUUCAUGAGGCCAUUGGUGACGUGCUGGCCCUUUCAGUGUCUACUCCACAGCAUCUACACAAGAUCAACCUGCUGAGUAGCGAGGGUGGUGGCUACGAACAUGACAUCAACUUUCUAAUGAAGAUGGCACUGGACAAAAUCCCCUUUAUCCCCUUCAGCUACCUCGUCGACGAAUGGCGCUGGCGGGUGUUUGAUGGAAGCAUCAACAAGGAGAACUACAACCAAGAGUGGUGGAGUCUCAGGCUGAAGUACCAGGGCCUCUGCCCCCCAGUGCCCAGGACUCAAAUUGACUUUGAUCCAGGGGCCAAGUUCCACAUUCCUUCAAGUGUGCCUUACAUCAGGUACUUCGUCAGUUUCGUGAUCCAGUUUCAGUUCCACGAGGCACUGUGCCAGGCAGCUGGCCACCAGGGCCCCCUGCACAAGUGUGACAUCUAUCAGUCCAAGGAGGCAGGGAAGCGCCUGGCGGAUGCCAUGAAGCUGGGCUUUAGUAAGCCAUGGCCGGAAGCCAUGCAGCUGAUCACAGGGCAGCCCAACAUGUCUGCCUCGGCUAUGAUGAACUACUUCAAGCCGCUGCUGGACUGGCUCGUCACGGAGAAUGGGAGGCACGGGGAGAAGCUGGGCUGGCCCCAAUACAACUGGACGCCAAACUCUGCUCGUUCAGAAGCCUCCAGCAUGAGCAACAACCGUGUCAACUUCCUGGGCCUGGAGCUGGAGGCCCACCAGGCCCGCGUGGGCCAGUGGGUGCUGCUCUUCCUGGGCGUCGCCCUUAUGGUAGCCACUUUGGGCCUGACCCAGAGACUCUUCAGCAUCCGCCACCAUAGCCUCCACCGGCCACACCGAGGACCCCAGUUUGGCUCCGAAGUGGAGCUGAGACACUCCUGAG